AUGCCAGAGAGGGGGGGUUAUCGUCCGCCCGGCCGCAGCAAUCGCUCGGGCAGGUCAAAUGCCGACAAUGAUGUCUUCGAAGGCCUGCCCGUCAAGCAAUGGGGCCAAUCUUAUGCCAAAGUCUCGCUGGCGCCUCCACAGUCCGAGACGGAAGCAAAGAAGGACGACAAAUGGGCCGAAGGCUCCAUGCCACGAGACUAUCAACUUCUGCAUCCAUGGACGCAACAUCUUCUGAGAUUGGCUAGAUCGGGCCAAGUAGGCACCAAGCGAAAGCAGGAAGCCGACCUGGAUGAAGACAAGCCCGAAGAUGAAGCCGCCGAAGAAGAGCCCACCAAGAACACCAACUUGCCUGAAGAAAGAGGCUAUGUCGCGAAGAAAUGGAAGCCCAUCCCCGAACAUGCUCUUGAGCCUGAGCACAAGCACUUCAAUUACCUCGCCAAAAGACGUCGAGGCCUCCCGAGCUUGUAUGCUCCCGAUGUUGCAAAUGGUGUGGCGGUGCCGAUGCGAAAAACGAAAGUGCAAAAGACAGAUGCCAACGGUGAAAUUGCUGUCUACGACGUCCUGGUGCCAGAGGGCCAGGUCCUCGAGGGUGAGAUCGCAGAGUCCACCGAGUUAGCGCACGUGAAACUUGUCACCGCGGCUCCAGGCACUAUCAUCGAGGGAGUCGGCGUAGCUAAUGACGAAGGCGUUGUUGUAGCCGAGCAUCUCAGGCCUAACGCUACUCGGCGAAAUAGGCCUCCUCCGAAGAAGAAAGGCGGACCGGGAAGAGGCAAAAAGCGGGUGACGUUCACCAAUCCGGACGGUAGUACCUACACGACCAUCGUGCCCAAUGCGACAAAGAUUGUUCCCCAGCCUGGGCAGACAGUGAAGCAUGUUGCCAAAGGCGAAGAAGCUUCGGCCGACAUCUCUGCCGAAGAGGCUGCCAAGAGAGCGCCAUCCCAGACUGGAGAGGAGGGUGAAGAGGGAGAUGACGAUGAUGAUGAGGAAGGUGACGGCGACGACGAUAGAGAAGAGGGCGAGCUUUCCGAUGACGAUGCACCGGCGACAGGCAGCCAGACGCCAGCGAAAUCAGAAUCAAAUAGUGAAUCUCAGCCUAUGGAAGAUGUCAGACCAAGCCAGCCUGCGCCGACUAGUCAGCCGUCAGUCGAGCUCAUGUUCAACGCCGACGUUUCUGAGCCGGAAAAGGCUCCAGAAAAGCAGCCAGAGACCAUGGCACCGUCAGCACCGUCCGCGGUGCCCGCAACAGAAUCCGUGCGCGACGCUUCCAGCUCCCCCGAAAUGCCGCUUGCCAAGAGCCAUAGCAGGACAGCUUCUCUCGUAGAGCCACCGCCUGUCUCGCUUGACUCCGAGCCCGAUGCUGGGGAGCCACCCGCUGCAGCAUCACCUGUAGACGCCGAGCCAGGCAUAGCUGCCGUUGCGAAGCUUGACGAUCUUCCUCCUGAAGCCAUUGUUGCAGAAGCCAUUCCUGAAGUCGUAGAGGGAGAGCCUCCCGAGCCGGUGGCAGAAAUCGCUGCCGAAGCUGUUGUACAGGACGGUGAGAAAUUCGAGGACGGAGAAGAGGAUCUGCUCGGAAAUCUAGAGAAGCACCUUGGUGGCGAUGGGAAUGGCGAGGGGUAGUGUUCCAACGACCAGGACCAUUGUGAUGAGGCAAGACAAGCUUGGGAGCGAGAUGUUUAUGGCUAGUAUUGACAGAAUCCUCUGGCAGUGAUACCCGCAAGAGCGUGUUAGUUGAUGCUUCGCCGCCUUUGCUGCCGACGUGCGUGGAGUGCGCGAGAUUGAGCUCGAGAAGCGGUCAUAUCAUGGCUUCCGAGUUGCGGUGAAUGUUCUUGAGCAAUAUCAGUGUGGUUAUAUGAAAAGUAUACUGGAGAUGGAAAGGAUAGUGAACGAGGAGGUGUGGGAAUCGGAAGAAGAAUACUGAUGAGACAUAAGAUUUGGUGUGAGGACUAGGCCGCGAUGUGUCCAUAACUAGCUCGUAUGGAGCUGAACCCACUUGGACGGCUCCCUCUUCACGGCGAACCGACAGGUCUGGGUCAAGGCCGUGCU